ACAACGUGUAUUGUGCAGUGUCGCGAUGUCCACGUAUGCAAGACAGGCAGUCGACAGUCGGGGAAAGCUCGCUCGGGAUUAAAAUAUCAAAGUGCGAAUCUCAUAUAGGAAAUAACCUUUGACUGCAAAUAUCAACCCAUCUAUUUUCCUUGAUCAGAUAACGCAUUGUCAUUGACAAUAAUACAUUAUCUAAGCUUAGAAGUAUUUUAACUGAGCAUGCCUAACGGUGGUGGUUACGUCAAGACUCCGGUAUUUGACUCUCGGGGAAGUUCAGGCAGCAGCGGCAGUGUGUCGAUCGGCGGGAGCCGCAUAUUUUCUCCUCUAUUGAUGCGACCCAAAUUUGUACUUGUAAUUGGCGCAAUCAUGCUUUUAUUUCUAUUUUAUCUCCUUUUACCGAACUCGCCAGCAAAGGCCCAAAGUUACAGCUGCAAUGUGCCUUUUCAAGUCGACCAGGCAGCGUUUGUAUACAACAAAACAUAUCCAAUUUCAGGAGUGGAGAGAACUGUCGAUGGUAGAAAAUACAAGAUUGCUGUAAUUUCAGAUCCAGACACUACAAAUAAAGAUCCUAAUAAAGAGAACCAAUGGAUGAGUUACUUAAUAAAGGGAUCAUUGUCUAUCAGCUCUUAUGGAGACAAGAUUUCAGUGAACUUGGAUGAUAAACCUGUGACGUUGAAAUCACAGCUUUCUCAAGGUGGGCGUGGCAUGGAACUCUCGGAGUUGAUAACAUUCAAUGGAAAGUUGUACACAGUGGACGAUAGGACCGGAGUCAUAUACGAGGUAGCAGGGGACAAAGUUUAUCCCUGGGUUAUUCUUCCAGAUGGAGAUGGAAAGAAUACGAAAGGUUUGAAAGGUGAGUGGAUGGCUGUAAAGGAUGAGCACCUGUAUGUUGGUGGACUCGGUAAGGAAUGGACAACCAUUACAGGAGAACUACAGAAUCUCAAUCCGCAGUGGGUCAAGGUUAUCAGUCAUCUUGGUGCUGUCCACCAUGUUAAUUGGGUCGGCAAUUACAACGCAAUGAGAAACAAGGGUGGAUUCCCUUACCCAGGGUACAUGAUCCAUGAAUCCGGAGUUUGGAGCAACGUCCACAAAAGAUGGUUCUUCCUGCCAAGACGUGCGAGCACCGAAAAGUACGAGGAGACUGCAGAUGAGCAUCGCGCGACCAACCUUCUCUUCAUGUGCAAUGAAGACUUCACAGAUGUCCGCUUCAUUAAGAUUGGCUCUCUCAACAACAUCCGCGGGUUUUCAUCAUUUAAGUUUGUUCCCGGUACAAACGAACAGGUGAUCGUUGCACUGAAAACGGAAGAAGAUGCAGGCAAGAUUGCUACCUACAUCACCGCUUUCAACAUCGACGGAAAGAUCCUCAUGCCUGAUAAGAAAUUUGCGGACAUUAAAUAUGAAGGAAUAGAAUUUGUAUAAUGGUAAAUUAUUCUGAUUUAGAGUUAUUAUUACCUUGAUAAUCUUGAUAUUAAUUCGGGAUCUGAAUUCUGAUGGCCAUUUUUUUUAAUCAAUACUUCUUGUGAUGUCCAGUUUUAUGAAACUGUUUUAUUUGGAAUUUGAAGAAUGGA